AAGGAAAUGAAUCGAUAUCUGGUUCUUUCGGGGAGCAUCCACUUCUUGCUCCAUGUCUGAAAGGAAUUGGGAAAUUCUCUCAUUUAAUCGAUUUGGAUUUCAUGGCAGAUUUAAUGAACUAUCAUAGAAAGCUUGCCGGAGGAACUAGUGAUUCCAAUGGCGAAGGAAUCACCGAUUCCAGUCCUCCAAGUUGUUUGUCUGUGUCAGAACGGUUGAGGUGUUGCAUAGUUGCUUUCAAAGUGAUGAGGAGCAAUCUUGAUGCCUUAAAUGUCGAUUUACAGGACUUCUUUAUUCAGCUCUAUAGAGUCAUACUUGAAUACAGACCUGGGAGAGACCAAGGGGAAGUUUUAGCUAAAGCUAUGAAGAUAAUGUUGUGUGAUGAUAAACAACAUGACAUGCAACGUGUCGCUGCUUUUAUUAAACGUUUGGCUUCGUUCUCAUUAUGCUUUGGAGCUGCAGAGUCCAUGGCUGGUAACCCCCAAUACUUUCUCGGGUUAUAUUUUGGUUAAUCAGGAUGAGGAGGGCAUUUAUGCCUUUUUACACAAACAUGUGAUCGAGAGCUAGUCCUGACCCAACCUUAUGUUCACCUUUUUGCUUGGGACAAAAAAGGGCUACUUCAUAUUAUUUCUUCUGCAAAUAAAUUACACACAACCUCAACAUUUUUAGAAUUACAUCUUCUAACCAUCUUUCAUUCCAAAUGCCAAAAAAAGCAACUACUAUAUAAGAAAUAACACUUAAUCACAAACACUGUAUUUUCAAUAUAUUUCUUAGUGUACUUUUGAAAAAUAUACUCAAUUAU